CAGAUGCGUGCUUAAGGAAAUCACUGAUAUCUUCACGUCGAACGGAUGUACCCUAGCUGGCCAUCAUUCAUCAUCAGGAAAGCCGCUGUGUGUAGUCUGCUCGACUCGAGUUUACCGGUAAACUCAGCUUUCCAGCGCCCGGUCCUUCAUUCAACCGUCAAAUUCAAUUUCAUGAUCACUGAAUCUUGGUACCACGCGAGCGAGCCCGUAGUCCCGUAGUUGACCGGACACUGUGAGAAAAACUGUGAUGUGAUGCGUGAAAUCUCGUUGGAAUCCGCUCCGAAGGAUUAUAACGCGUGAACGAAAGCAUACAGGAAUGCCGAUCCAGCUGGAAGUUUAUUGAUGACUGGAAUUGACCUAACUAGACUCCGGGGUCCGCUUGCUGGGUGGAAGCUCAAAAAUGACGGUGAAAACGUUGUCUUCAAGCUGAAGCGUAUGUGUCCACAGCUUGAGAUCAGUGAUAAAACCAGCGAUUAGACAAUGGCAACACGAAAAACAAACGUCUAAUCCGAAAAAAACAGCAUCGCUUCAGGUGAACAUCCGUUUCUGUAAAAUUGAUACAAAACACAAAUACAGCUGGAAGGUUCAAAUGAAGCCUAUGUAAACAUGUCCCCGAAAAAUCUCUCGGCGGAACGGUGUCAUCAGUGCCCAGAGGGUCAACGAAUGCGACAACAACAUUGACUACCCAACGACGUCGUUACAACGCCAAUGACGAACACCGGGGUUUUGGGUCUCUUUUGAUGAAGAAACUUAAGUCAACAUAAAAGUGUAAACAUGCCCGGAUCUUAAUUGAAUGGCAAAAAAUACUAGAAAUUGUGCACAGGGGGGCAAACGAGGACGGAGCAGGACAAAUUUAAUUUUAUUACGGUCUCCAAAUUAGGCGUUGAUGCUGCGUGGACAGGUAACAGGAGUAGUAGUGCGGAAAGUGAGAGACUUGGAACGUUGAAAACUGCCACAAGAAUAUCGUUUUGGGGGCAAAUUAGUUGUAGCAAAGGCCAAAACCAUGGUCACGCUUGAAAAACAUAUCAGCUGCCUUGCGGUUGUUUUGCUGAGUUACCUGGUGCUGCUGUUUACAAAAUGUGCGAACGGAAUUGAUUGCUUCAAAUGUGUGUCAAUGAACGGGGCCAACAAAGCCUGUGACGAUCCGUUUCACAACAACUACUCGACGGCCAUACUGGAGUCGCCCUGCAUGGGUGGCCGGAAGGGCAGGGACGGGCUGUUUCCGGCCACAUCGUGCAUCAAAAUUGCCGGUUACUAUGAUGACACCGGCGAAACAAUCACCGUUCGGGGCUGUGCUCUGGACAGCGGAACGUUAACCACCGAUACGGAAAUCAUUCGGAUGUCCCACUGCGGACGAUUCUUUUACGAUGAUAGAUACGUCCAUGGGUGCCUGCAGAGCUGCAACGAUGCCGAUGCAUGUAACCGCAGCCCGAGAGCAACGGGAGAUCCUCACCGGGUCCAAGGCUUACUCCAACUGGCGGCAGCAAGCCUGGUCUUGGGCUACGUCCUGCUCAACCGGCAACAUCUGCUCGGUGUCGGAAGCUAACAAAGUAGUACCUAGCCUCUUCAUCAUCACUACCGAGCGAAUAAUUUAUGAAAACAGUGAAACGUCGUAGCAUUUAGUUAGAUUUACCAGCCGACGGCCAUCUGCUUUACGAUGAUAAUACUAAUAACACUUAAUAGAAGUCCCAUCCCAUCCCUCACGAAAGCGUGGCACGUUCUGCACAUUUUGUAUAUGGUUACUAGCAAUUAAGAAAUUCACAAUGCCUGCGUCUGUGUCCACUGAACCUCAUCCCAUAAUUUGUAGAAUGGAACUCGCACAGCAGCUUCAAAUGGCUUCAAGGAAGUUACUCUUCGUCAAUGGUGAUAACGAAGGCGACACGAGCAGCAAACAAUGCUCUCUGCACGUUAAUCUAUCGACCAACAACAAUGAUAUGUUAGAAACACUAGUUAGGAAGUAAGAACGAGCAAAUGCCAAUGUUUGCCAGUAUCAUCCUACUGAAUU